GAAAUCUUUCAGCUGACUGUAGCAUCUUUUGAAAAUUUGUCACAUGAGUCCAGUCGUUAUUAUACAAAGGCAGCUUCCAUUCUUUGUAUUGUUGCGAAGGUCAGGUCAAGCUUGUUGAUGAUGGACCUUGACUGCGAUGCCUUAAUUCUCGAGAUGUUUCAACAUUUCCUUAAAAUAACCAAGUCCAACCUUCCAGAUGCUGUAUUUUCAGCCAUGGAAACUAUUAUGACAAUGGUUUUAGAUGAAAGUGAAGAAAUUCCCUUGGAUAUUCUAAAAGCUCUUUUAUCUAGUGUUAGAAAGGAAAAUCAGGAUCAGACCGUUUCACCUAUUUCUUGGAAACUGGGGGAGAAAGUUAUAGAGAAUUGUUCUGCUAAGCUUAAAUCUUAUCUCGUGGAAGCAGUGAAGUCCGUGGACAUUGCUUUGGACGAUUAUGCUGAAAUAGUGGCUUCUGUAUACCAAAAUGGAUCUGAUGCCCUCAAAAAUGAUAAUGACAAUGAUUCUGGGAAAAAUCUGGAAAAUGAAAACAAGUUGAUGAAAAGGACUUUGAAUGAAGCAUCCAAUUCCCAUGUGACAGAGGGACUUUCAUUCGCUGAGAUACUGGAUGCUUAUCGAAAGAGGGGAAUUGCAGCCCCCGGUGCUGUUAAUCCUAGAGAAGCUGGCAAAACUGCGGCUGCUCCUACAAGGGAUGAACACAAUGACAAUUCAGGCUCGCUGAAGGCUACCAAAUCAGAAGUUGAGCCAUACUCGGGUCCCAAAAAGAGAGGUCGGAAGCCGAAUUCUUCAAAGAAUUCAGAGGAAGGCCAUGACCACGCUCAACCUAACAAUUCAUUCUCUCCGAAGGCUGUCAAAUCAGAAGUUGAGCCAUACUCAGCUCCCAAAAAGAGAGGCAGGAAGCCAAAUUCUUUGAUGAAUCCAGCAGAAGGCUAUGACCAUUCUUGGAUACAUUCUGGGAGAAAAACUCAAAAACGCAGAAAGUCUAAUGACAAGGGAUCUGAUGCUUCACCUGCUGAAGGUCGGCUUCAUGGAAAGGCUGCUUUGCAUUUAACACUUGAAAAGGUGACUGAGCCACCAGGUUUAGAACCUAAACCUGAAGGGGACAUUGUUGCUUCUUCUCCACUUCCUCAAAAUAACCCUCUUGGUGGAACCCAACGCAGAAGGGGUCGACCAAAAAAGCAGGUUGUGGCCGAUCAUUCAGCUAACCCUGGUCCCCUUUUUGCUGUGAGGCGAGAGUUCUCAAAUACUCAGGCUGAGGAGAGAACUGCACGAAAAACAGAUACCCAUCUGACUCAGGGAUUUAAGGAGACCAGUACCUUUGAAGCAAAAGCACAGGGGCAUCCUAGAGCUCUAGAACAUGCUGAAAAGACAAGCGAGGAGUGCUUGCUUGCUUCCAUACCUGUUGUCACCGAGACGGAAGCUGCCGUCCCCUUUGAUCCCGAUGAAAAACCACAGCAACAGUCAGCUUUGGAUGUUGCAUCUGGGAGUACCAAUGAUCAAUCAUAUGUCCAAACGGGUACUAAGACACGUAGGGGGAAUGCUACUUCUGGUAAGGAGAGUACCGAGGCAUCUGGUAGUAAGAAGAUUUCUAAGUCUGCGACAAAGUUGAGUGAAGAUAAUGAAGGAACACAUAAAGUGGUUCUGAAGAGGAAGUGUACCACUCAAAAGGAAGAGGCGUCUCACAUGCCUGAUCUUGAUGAGCGAUUGGUUGGCAGUAGAAUAAGGGUUUGGUGGCCAAUGGACAAAGCGUUUUAUGAAGGUGUUGUUUCUUCUUACGACCCUGCUAAAAAGAAGCACUUGGUGUUGUAUGUUGAUGGGGAUGAAGAAAAUCUAAACCUCAAAAAGCAACGUUGGCAACUGAUCGAUGAUGUUUUACCAGAUUUUGAACAGGUCCAAAUGGAGAAUCUGCCAAAACCUGAAGCUUCUUCUGAUACACCACAAAAGAGAAAACGGAGAACAAAAUCAGAGACAUCCAAACAAGAAAACGCUGGGUUGUCCUCGAAAAGGAUAUCUAGACGUGGAGUUUCAGCUGGCAUAUCCAUUGUUGAGUGUAUGAAGUCUGGCAGUAAAUCUGCAGAUUGUUCUACGCUAGGAGAGCUUAAAGUUAUUAAUGGUGAGGAGGAUGAUCAGUCCAAGGAAAAUGACAGAUUGAAGGAUGAUGGCCAAGUGUCUGCUGGCAAAUUGGAGGCAGAAACGAAGACUGGUAUUGACUCUGCACAGAUAGCACCUGAGACUAUGACCUCAUCUAAGGGAGAGAGUCCCAAACUUGAUAUUGCACCUUCUGGUGGGGAAUGUGCCAAAGAACUGAAAGAAUUGAGUGAGUGUGCAGGGAAUGCGAUCCAUCCCUUAACCUGAGUUAGAUGAGGCCGUGUAUAGAGAUGACAUGUAGUGAUGGGAAGGCUCAAAAGCACAUGAUUUUUUCUCUAGUACUGAAAGUGUCGGUUAGUCUCUGUUUUGUUCCUUUUGUAGACACAGAAACAUGCACCCGGUGGUUUUUGGCCCUCUGAUGUAGGUUUUUAAUUAAGUGUCUUUUUAAACUGUUAUGAAAGGGCUAUUUGCUCUCCCAUAGUUUGUGCUUUACCCAUUACCUAGUAUGGUUUUUGCCUUCAAACAUGAGUACCAUAUGAUAUCAUAUAUGAAGUCUUUUUGAGUAUAUAUAUGUCUUAGUACUCUCUCUUUCUCGAACACAUACACAAAGCAAUAUAGAUGUAAUCUUAGGGAUGAAUGCUACAUUAAACUCAAGUUAUUUUAAAAGCAGAAAAUGUUGAGAGCUUUUUGCUCAUAUGAUUCAAUCUUAUGUUUUAAAGUUUAAACCUAUGUUUGGAUUUACCUUGGACUGGAUAGUUGGUCCAACUUAAAGCAAAAUACAGGACAAGGUGGUGUUAUUUUUUAAAUGGCUGGGUUUGAACCAUACUCAGACAACAAAGAAUAGGCAUUGUGAAGUGAGGUCCGUACUACCAGGUAUUCCCCCUGUCCUCUUUGGCUCUCUCAUGCUCUU